AUGCGACUGAAUUCCGUGUGCGAGCGCACCCUGCACGUCCCGCAAUUUCAUCCCAUCGUCCCGCUUUUGGACAGCCCGCCGCGCGACGGCAGCAGUUGCCAUAGCAGCGACGCAGCGCCCGUUUGCGAGUGUGUGUGUGGAUGUGAUGCGGCCGAGGCGGGUGUGUGUAAAGACACACAGGCUUGUGGAAGUCUCUCGGACACGCACACACACCGAGAUGUACCAGUAUUAGUAGGUGCACACGUGCAUGUGGCUAGUGAGGCUCUAAUAGCUACACAGGCGAGAGCGUGUACGCAGCACGAGUACUUGGCCCGUGAGAGUGUGUCGCAGUAUCUGCCCGCCUGGGUGGACCGGCACUUUGGCCGUAACCAUGGCAACGUCGUGGCCUAUCCCCAUCCGAAGCGAAUGUCGGUUGCAUCGAUUGGUGGAUGGGAUUCGCGAGGCCCCUCUUCGCUGGACAUCGCGUCUGUGGCAAUUUACACUCAACGGAAUGACAACGGAGCACGUGAGCCUGGCAAUGGUAUUGAACGUAUAUGGUACCGUUCCCGGGAUAAGAGUGGCAAGAAUGCGAAUGAGGCCAGUAGCGGAGUUGUGGUGACGCUAUCAGUUGAUGGACGAAUAGGCCACCACACCCUCCCAACCAACGGAUCGCAGACUAAAAAUAGAACCGAAGCUCGGGAUAGGAUUCCGCUGGUGGAUGGUAGAGCGAUUAAAGCCUUUGUCUGCCCCAGCAGCCCCGUUGGUAACAGCAACUGUAGCGAACUCUCGCCCAAUGGAAAUGCGCUAUUUGUGGCACGUGUCUACAGCGGCUCACUCGCAGUACACGAUGUGGAAACAUGCGCGCAAACACAGGUAUAUCACUUCCACACUGGAGCCAUCACGUGUAUGUCUACAGACUGUGAUAGUUCGGUACUAAUCACUGGUGGCGCAGACUGUACGGUGGUACUGUGGGCAGUUGAGGGCUCUAAAAAGCCCGCCGCUGAAGUUGGUCCAAUUACAGACACCUACGAAAGCCAGCAGAAAGGCCCUACCACCUUAAGUGGCAUGACCAAAUCCAUGGGCGGAGAGGCACUCAAAGCUAAACUCAACGGACUCAUGAGUGCGCACGACUACCACUUGCACCCACGGCAACUGCACUGUGGCCACACAGACCAAGUGGUGCAGGUGGCUGUCAGUGGGGCAAUGGACUUGGUCGUCAGCGCCUCUGCGUCAGGAAUAGUUCUGGUACAUUCCCUUCGGUCCAACGAGAUUCGCGCGAGGGUGAAUGUUGCAAACGCAGUACACAACUCCUCAAAAUUCACUGGUUCUGACUUUGGAAGUGAACCAUUGAGAUAUAGGAGUACAGGGACAUCCCAAGUAACUGCUAUACUUCUCGAUGAUCACAAUUACAUCACGGUUAUAAAAGUAGAUACGCGGCUUCAUGACGGAAAG